GAUCAGAAAGUUUGAGUUACAAGGAUUGCUGAACCAGAGAGAAUAAAGAGCCCGCCAUAUGAAAGCUAUUUGAUGUAGCAACAGAAAGUCAGAAACAAAACCAAUCAUCGUUUACCAAUCCACAGAGACCAACUCCCCAUCUCUCCCCCUUCUCUUCUUUAUAUCUUGUUUAGUGCGGGGUUUUGUCAUCAGGGCACCAUGGAAAACCCUAGCAGUUCUUCUUCACCAAAGUUCAUGAAGCCUAGUCCUAGUUCUACUAUGUCUUCCAGUGUGAGAGGAGCAGUGAGAUGCAGCCAAUCUCAACAGCCUGCUAGACUUCAGAGUGAGCCCAAAGGACAACUGCAAGAGCGAUUGUAUGAUAAAUCAAAGGCUUCCAACAAAAUUUCUGCCAAAGAACAAACAAGGCCAUUGGAAAUCAAGCUCCACACCCAAGAAAGAGCAGCCAAGCGUGCAGAAUUCAAUUAUUUUAUUGCAAGUAAGAUAAGUCAACUAGAAAUGCAGAGGCAACUGGAACAAAAAUUGCUGAAGAUUAUAGAAGAAGAAGAGAUUCGGAUGAUGAGAAAGGAAAUGAUCCCAAGAGCACAACUAAUGCCUUUCUUUGACAGACCUUUCUUUCCUCACAGGUCAAAGAGGCCUUUAACAAUUCCUAGAGAACCUACUUUUCACAUGCUGAGCAGUAAGUGCUGGAGGUGCCUCUCUUGUAGUAAUUUCUACGAUUUUCAACAGCCUCAGACCAUGUUAUGAAGCCUUUUAGCUGAAGCAACAGGAAGGAUCACUUGCGUUAGCAAUAUUGUCAUUCAUGGAGUAGAUCGUUGAGAAUAAUUUUACUUUAAUUUGUAUACAUGUAGCUGAACUUUUAUUUAAUUUU